AUGGAUCCGCAGAACCUGAAAAGCGCGUCCAGCUAUCUCAACAACCUGCUGCUGGCCCGCGGCCUUCUGCGCAAUGGCAAGCCCGUCGAGUUUGCCCAUCCGUCCAAGGGCGAGGGCGGAAAGCACGAGACAAUGGCCCAGAUCAUCAACCUUGUCCACGACCUGGUCCUGCGCAGAGACCGUGAGCAAGAACAGCGCGACUCUCUCAGCCAGGCGUUGCGCGCCGUCCGCGCCGAAAACCAGCAGGCCACUUCCACCCUCGAUCGCCUAAAGCAGCGCAACGACGACCUACAGCGCCAAUUGGCGCUCGCCCAGUCGUCCGAACGCUCUGCCAAGGCUGCUCUCCGCUCUGCCGAGAGUUCCGCCCGUUCCUUGCGCGAAGAGAUGAUCCGCCUCAAGGCCACCGUGCAACAAAUCCGCACCGCUUGCGCCAACGAUGUCCGCAGACGCGACGUACAAAUACAGCGCCUGAAAUCACACCUCACCGCCCAGCAGAGAGGAAAUAAGACGGGCUUGGUCGGCGCCAGCAUUACCAUCACUCCCGGCUCCGCCGGCAGCGCCUCCACUAGCAGGGCAAGAGACAAAGAUGUACCCAGUCUUGAGGAUGCAGAGUAUAGUCUCAAGCAGGAGACAACCGAGUUCCUGACAGAACUGAGCCAGAGUCUGAGUGAUGAGAAUGACAAUCUCAUCGGCUUGGUCAGAAGAACACUUGCAACGUUGAGGGAAUUGCAAGGAAUGCCAGAACACGGACAUGGCGAAGAAGAUGGUGAGGACGCGACUAUGGCUCAUGCUCUCCCUACCUCUUAUGAUGCUCUGGAUACGGACAUGGACCACGUACUAGAGCACCUGCAAAACCUUUUGACGAACCCCAAUUUCGUGCCCAUCUCAGAAGUGGAAACGCGAGAAGAGGAGAUUAUGAAACUGCGCGACGGCUGGGAGAUGAUGGAGGCCAGAUGGCGCGAUGUUGUCACCAUGAUGCAGGGCUGGAGACAACGCAUGAUGGACGGAGGUGACACCAUCACGCUUGACGAAUUACGAAUGGGACUUGGGCCAGGUAAUAUGCUUGCUCCUGUCGAAGAGGAGGAAGAAGAAGAGGAGGAGGAGGAGGAUGAGGACGAGGACGAGGACGAUGAGGAGGAGGAAGAAGAAGAGGAAAUGGAAAGCGAAGUAGACAUGGACGAUGAGGAGGAAUAUGACAUCGACGAGGAGCCAGCACUUCCUUCUCCUGAAAAGCCAGUACCUGAAAACCGGAAUACGGACCUUUUCGACAUUAAGCUUAACCCCACACCGCACCACGCUCUUCGAGAAUCUGACGGAAACGUGAGAUCCCCACGAAAGGUGAUUUUCGAGGCCUCGAAGGAUAGCCCCCUUGACUAUUCUCCCACGGAUGAGAACGCCUCCGAAGUCGACCUGAUCAAGUCCGGAUCCCGAGUUAGCUCCAAGCCGAAUUCAAGAUCAGGCUCCAAGCCUUCGUCUACCAGUAAACCUCGAUCCACACCCAGACAAUUGCCGCAGCCCCCGUCCGGAGCGCGCGGCAGACCCACGCCUCGCGAAAGUGGCAUCCCACGCAGCACCCGCAAACGCCGCUCCUCCCCUCUAUCGCACCAAGACGGGCCAUCUCCGAAGCUCACCGUGCAGGAGAAGCUCGCUAUCGCAGCACAAGAAGCCGACACAGCAGCAGCUACCGCAAAGGCUGCGGAGGCGGCGGAAGAAGAGGAAGAGAGGAAAGCAGCCAGACGAAAGACCGCCCCGACCGCCGCAGAAAAUGCCUUCACCGCCGUCGAAGAAAAUGAAAAUGUCGACACGCGUUCCAGGCGGGCACCGCGCAGAAGUAACAUCAAAGGCCGAGCGAAGCGGAGGAAAAGUACUCUCAGCCCCGAGGAGCUCGAGGCGCUGAUGGGGCUGGCUGAUUGA